AUGGUGACGCUGGAGAGACAUAUGGCGCCAGGAACAGACUGGAACAGGGGCACUAGGGGUAGCAUCCCGAACUGCAGUCCUCGACAGCGCAUAGCCAGUUUGACUAGUAAGACGCAGGAGUACUCCAGUCUGGAAUCAACCCACAGUACUGAAGAACUCUAUGUUCAGGAGACCUCACAGGAUGUCUUUCGAAAUCCUGAGGAUGAUGAUGACCCCCUUUUAGAGCUCUUACAGACUCAAAGCAGCCCGGAAGCAAGCGAGGCGACUGAUCCGGAUAGACCACAGCAAGACACUGCCACUAGAACCAGGAAACCAAGGAUUAAGUGGCCCAAGGCUUCAGACAAGACAUCAUGGACCCAACUGGAUGAGGACCUAGAGAACAUCCUCGAAGCAUCCAUGCAAGGACCACUAGACCGGAAGCUGACCACCCUCACAACCUUGAUAUAUUCAGUAGGAAAGGAGAGGUUUGGACUAGAAGAGGAGAGAGUGCGAAAGGAACCUCCAAGACCAAACAGGCGGCAAGUUCGUAUCCAGAACUUGAGACGUGAACUCAAGCAGCUGAGACGAAGGUACUAUGAUAGUUCACCCACAGAGAGGAUUGGACUUGCACAGCUUAGUGAUACAGUUCGGACACAGCUGACAUCAUUACGGAAAGCAGAAAACAGCAUAAGAAAGACACGGGAACGGGCAAAGAAGAGGGCAGCUUUCACAGCCAACCCAUACAAGUUCGCAAGAUCCCUCCUCGACAAAGAAAGGUCAGGAAAGUUGGAAACUCCACUAGAAGAAAUAGAGAACUUCCUUCAUGUUACCCAUUCUGACCCCAAUCGAGAGGACGUGCUAGGGGACUGUGACAGAAUAGAUCCAGCGGAGGAACCAGAAAAACAGCUGAAUGCGACGGAACCUACGCUUGGCGAGGUGAAAGAAGCUGUAAAAAAGGCCAGAGCUGCUUCGGCGCCAGGACCCAAUGCCACCCCGUACAAAGUGUACAAGAUGUGCCCACUACUUCUCAUGCGUUUAUGGAGGCUCCUCAAAGUAGUCUGGAGGAAGGGGGACGUACCAGAGGCUUGGAAGGAGGUCGAGGGGAUAUUCACACCGAAGGAACGCAAUUCCAAGACGGUCAACCAGUUCCGAACCAUCUCGUUGCUCAACGUCGAGGGAAAAAUAUUCUUUGCCAUCCUUGCAAGAAGACUCACAUCUUUCCUGACAGGCAACGCAUACAUCAACACCUCGGUCCAGAAGGGAGGAAUUCCCGGUUUCUCCGGCUGCAUAGAGCACACCAGUGCUAUCACACAGCUAAUAAGUGGGGCGAAGAAAGGGAGGAAGGAUCUCACUAAAAUCAUCACCAGUUACCUGGAUGGAAUCAAGCUCCGGUUUACUGUUGGUGACCAGCUAACCAGAUGGCAGAAGUUGGAGAAGGGAAUCGUUACCGGCUGCACAGUUUCCGUGGUGCUCUUCAUCAUGGGGGUGAACCUGCUGAUAAAUGCUGCCCAACGUGAGACACGUGGACCAAAGACAGAGUCAGGAAUCUAUCUCCCAUCUAGCAGAAGCUUCAUGGAUGACCUCACAUUGACGACAACAACACACGUCCAAGCUAGAUGGAUGUUGACAGCCCUGACGGAUGUCGCUUCAUGGGGAAGAAUGAAGUUCAAAGCAGCAAAAUCCAGAUCUCUUGUCAUAAAGAAAGGACAGACAACAGAGAGGUUCAAACUCUACGUACAGAACGAAGAGAUUCCUUCCAUAGUGACGAGUCCAAUAAAAUGCCUGGGCAAGUGGUUUGAUGCAAGCCUACAAGAUCGCGACAAUGUCAAGAACUUAAAGCAACAGGUAGAGGUGGGCCUCAAGAAGAUAGACCGCUGCGGACUACCCGGCAAGUUCAAAGCCUGGCUUUACCAGCAUUCACUGCUCCCAAGACUAAUCUGGCCGUUGAUGCUUUUCGAGGUACCCAGCACAACAGUGGUAGCCCUGGAGAGAAUCACUAGUCGACACCUCAGGGAGUGGCUAGGAGUUCCACCCAGCUUUACCAGUAUUGGACUCUAUGGGAAGAGCAACAAGUUACAGCUCCCACUAUCUUCACUGGUAGAAGAGUUCAAGACAGCAAAAGCAAGACUUGUGUUGAACUUGAGGGUCUCUCCGGACGAGUUCAUCCGUGAGGCAGGGAUCCAAACCCGAACGAGCAGGAAAUGGUCAGCGACAGAGUCUGUGAGCCAGGCAGAGAACACGCUCAAGCACAAAGACAUUGUCGGAGUGACUGCAGUUGGACGUGAAGGAAUUGGUGCGAGAAAGGUGGUGCUGUGGAGCCGAUCAGACCAGAAAGAGAGGCGAGCGAUGAUUCAGUCUGAGGUCAGGAGGGCGGAAGAAAAUGCCAGACAAGCAAGGGCUGUGGAGAUUGGAGCGCAAGGAGCAUGGACCACGUGGAAUACCGCAGACAGGAAGUUGACCUGGGGAGACAUCUGGAAGUAUGAGCCUUUUCGGUUUUUCUUUCUCCUCAGGUCUGUCUAUGACCUACUACCAUCCCCAGCGAACUCGUGCCGAUGGGGACUCACAGCAGAGCCAAAAUGCAGCCUGUGUGACAGAGUAGGCACCCUAGAGCAUGUUCUGUCAUCUUGUAGUACAGCACUGACACAGGGAAGAUAUAGAUGGAGGCACGACUUGGUCCUCAGAGAGUUGGCUGACUGGCUAGAGAAGGAAAGGAAGAAGGAACAUGGUAAUCACCCCCGCCAUGGGCACAUCGCUUUUGUCAAAUCGGGUGAGACCGUGAAGACACAGAAACAAACAAAAGCAUCAAUUCUUGAUGGCUCUAGAGACUGGAAGAUGGAAGUUGACCUUGAUAGAAGGCUUGUUUUCCCAAACGUGGUUCAAACGACCCAACGACCAGAUAUUGUACUGUGGUCAGAGACAGGAAAGAAGCUCGUCACCAUAGAGCUGACAGUACCAUGGGAGGCAAGAUGUGAAGAGGCCUACGAGCGGAAGAAGGCCAAGUACACAGAACUGAUGGAUCUGUGCAAGCAACAAGGCUGGCGAACUUGGCUAUUUCCCGUGGAAGUUGGCGUUAGAGGAUUCUGUUCCCAGUCCGUGCACAGGCUGAUGACAGCAUUAGGAGCAACUGGCAGGGAGAGACGAGUGGCUAUCCAGAGACUGAGCCAAGCAGCCGAACGGGCAUCAAGCUGGCUGUGGCUGAGGCGAGAGGAGAAGAGCUGGAGGUGA